AUGGGUGACGAUAAACCAACUGUUAUUACCGCUUACAAGGAGAUGAAGGAGAUCAAGAAGCAGGAACAAAACUUGCCUGGAAAAGAUACCGCUAUGGAUCCUUUGGCCGAAUUCACUCAGCUGGAAUGUUGGGAUGAUGAAGGUAAACCAUAUCUUCAAGAGUACAAAGGAUCUGGAAAAUUGAAGGGCAAAAAAGCUAUCAUCACCGGAGGUGAUUCUGGUAUCGGAAGAGCCGCAGCCCAACAAUUCGCAAGGGAAGGUGCAGAUGUUACCAUUGUAUACUUACCUCAAGAGGAAGAAGAUGCUCAGAGAACAAAGAAAGCUAUCGAACAAGAUGGACAAAAGUGUCUCACACUCGCUCUCGAUUUAAUGGUAGCUGAAAACGCAAGGAAGAUAGUCGAAGAGCAUAUCAAGGCAUAUGGUAAACUCGAUAUCUUAGUUAAUAACGCCAGUAAACAAAUCAUGGUCAAGGAUUUGGCUGACAUUGACCUCGAGAACGUUGAAAGUACUUUCAGAUCUAACAUCCUUGGAAUGUUCGCCCUUACCAAAUUCGCCCUUCCUCACCUUAAACGAGGAGCUUCCAUCAUCAACUCUUCCUCCGUUACCGCCUUCAAGGGUUCUCCUUCCAUGAUGGACUACUCUUCCACCAAGGGAGCUAUCGUAACCUUUACUCGAUCUUUGGCCAUGCAAUUAGCUCCUAAGGGUAUCAGAGUCAAUGCUGUUUGUCCUGGACCUGUAUACACUCCUCUUCAACCCGCUUCUAGACCCGCUGAGCAAAUGGAGGAAUGGCAACUCGGUGCACUUCCCCUUCACGGAAGAGCUUCUCAACCCGCUGAAAUGGGUCCUGCUUAUGUGUUCCUCGCUUCACCAGAAUCAAACGCCAUGACAGGUCAAAUGAUGCAUCUUAACAAUGGUCAAUGGAUUGGUUAA